AUGACAAACGGUUCUCACAGCGGCAAUGCGUCGAACACAUUCGAGGCAUUCUACAAGGGCUGGUUGGUCUGGCAAGAACACUUCCUCGAUGAGCUCUUAUCGGCCCAGCAGACGAUCGACGAGGCCCGAGAUGAAGACCUCCGAGAUUUGGUGUCUCGGGUUCUCUUCCAUUACCAGCAGUAUUACGACGAGAAAUCGCGACUUAGACAGCGGGAUGUUUUACUGGUUUUCUCGCCGACGUGGUAUACUUCCUACGAAAGGAGCCUGCUUUGGAUCGCCGGGUACAAACCGGGCGAGUUGCCUAAAGAAGGAAUUUUUUCAAAUGUCAGUGGUGUCUCGGUUCUUGGAAAUUAG